AUGGCCGCCGAGCUCCGCAGGAAGUUGGUCAUCGUGGGUGACGGUGCCUGCGGCAAGACCUGUUUGUUGAUUGUUUUCUCCAAGGGUACCUUCCCGGAGGUCUACGUCCCCACCGUCUUCGAAAACUACGUCGCCGAUGUCGAGGUCGAUGGAAAGCACGUUGAGCUGGCGCUAUGGGAUACGGCUGGCCAAGAGGACUACGAUCGUCUGCGGCCCCUGUCGUACCCUGACUCCCACGUCAUCCUGAUCUGCUUCGCCGUCGACUCUCCCGAUUCUCUGGACAACGUUGGCGAGAAGUGGUGCUCAGAAGUACAUCACUUCUGCCCGGAUGUCCCCAAGAUCCUGGUUGGCUGCAAGAAGGAUUUGCGUUUCGACCAGAAGACCAUUGAGGAGCUCCACAAGACCAGCCAGCAGCCCGUGACCCCUGAGCAGGGUACCGCCGUUGCCAACAACAUCAAGGCCACCAAGUAUCUUGAGUGCUCUGCCAAGACCAACGAGGGUGUCCGCGAGGUGUUCGAGUUCGCGACACGGGCCGCACUCCUGAAGAAGACCGGGAAAAAGAAGAGCAGGUGCGUCAUCGCCUAA